UUUUUUUUUUUUGAAACUUAACCACUCUCAUACUUUCUUCAAACUUAAUUUUUUUGCUCUAUGUCUCUCAUGGCGACUUCUUCUUCUUCCUUGCCUCAUGUUGUCUUCCCGAGCUUCCACGGGCCAGAUGUUCGUAGUGGAAUCCUCAGUCAUUUACGCAAUGUCUUUGCAAGGAAAGGAAUCACGAUGUUCAAUGAUAAUGACAUCGAAAGAGGCCAUACGAUUGGAUCUAAACUCGUGGAAGCCAUUACAAAAGCGGAAGUGUCAAUUGUUUUGCUCUCGAAGAAUUACGCUUCUUCAAUAUGGUGUUUAGGUGAAUUGCUUGAAAUCUUGAAGUGCAAAGAAGCUUCGGAGCUGAUCGUGAUACCGAUUUUCUAUGACGUUGAUCCGUCGGAUGUACGGAUUCAGACGGGAGACUUUGGCAUCGCAUUCAAGAAAACAUGUGAAGGUGUAACAGAGAAACAGAAGCAGAGAUGGAUCCAAGCUUUGACACGUGUAGCAAACAUAGCUGGAGAACACUCGCGUAUCUGGACUGAUGAAGCUGCGAUGCUCGAAAAAAUUUCCAGUCAUGUGUUGAAACAACUGAAAGUGAAAAAGCUAUGGGAAGAAUUUAGGAUUCGUGAUGUAGACCAAAAUCAUUACAUAACUGUACAAGAGCUUCACUAUGCGAUGACUCAGUUGUGGAGUUUCAAUAAUUUAAUAAUUUUCUAUUUUUUUCCUUCGUUAGGGAUAUUAUAGAAAAAGUUGUGAUGAUCGGAAAUUUUCCCACUGAUGUUACACUGGAAUGGGAGGAAAAGAAAGAAAUGAAUCACACUUAUAGACCUAUA